CAGCAACAGCAGCAGCAACAACAGCAACAGCAACAACACAAACAAGUGCGCUGCAGAAAUCUACGAAGAAACGUAGAAAUCGGUGCUAAGAAGAUUUGGCUGCCGCUUAUCAUUUUCCUUUCACUGCAGGUCGCCCUCGUCUGCGCGGACGAUGUGGAGGUGGUGAAGGCCAUUGCCGGUGGACCGGAUGACGAUCUGACCAUCGCUCUGGGGGACCACGAGAACGAGCUGGACCAGAUGGCCCAGGAGUCGGAGCAGGAGCAGCAGCAACAGCAGCAGCAGCAGCAACAGCAACAGCAGCAGCAACAGCAGCAGCAGCAGCUGCCGCAGAUCCAGAUGCAGUUGCCCCAAUCGGUGCCCAAGGUGCAGGUGCACUACCAGCACAACAUGCCACAACCACCCCCGAAUGUGGCCGUGGGCCUCACCAUGCGCAACAACCACCAGAACAUUCCGCUGAGCUUUGGCCAGCCCUUUGGACCACCUCCCCCUCCCGGAGCUCAGUUCUACAAGGGACCGCCGCCGCCGCAGCUGCAACAGCGACCUCAACCCCCGCCGCAGUUGCAGUUGCAGGUGCAACCGCAGCAGCAACAGCAGCAGCAGCAGCAGCAGGGUCAGCAGCAACAGGUCCAAGUGCCCGAUCUGAGUGUGGGCGCCUCCAGUAACAACGAAAUCUGGGCGGCUCCCGUCCAGGACAUGCCCAAGAUCGUGUCCCUGGACGUGAAGUGCGAGAAGAACGGCAUGAAGGUGUUCGUCCAGUUCGACAAGCCCUUCAAUGGCAUCGUCUUCUCCAAGGGUCACUACAGCAACAUGAACUGUGUCCAUUUGCCCUCGGGAUUGGGUCGCAGCUCGGCCAGCUUUGACAUUGGACUCCACGAGUGCGGCACCGCUGGCAAUACGGACAACUAUGGCCAGGGCUAUGGCCACGAGGCGGGCAGCACUGGUGCAGGAACCUAUUUCGAGAACAUCAUCGUCAUCCAGUACGAUCCGCAGGUGCAGGAGGUGUGGGAUCAGGCCAGGAAGUUGCGUUGCACGUGGCACGAUCAGUACGAGAAGAGUGUGACCUUCCGGCCAUUCCCCGUCGAUAUGUUGGAUGUGGUGCGUGCCGAUUUCGCUGGCGAUAAUGUGGGCUGUUGGAUGCAAAUCCAGGUGGGCAAGGGACCGUGGGCCUCUGAGGUCUCGGGACUGGUGAAGAUUGGCCAGACAAUGACCAUGGUGCUGGCCAUCAAGGAUGAUGACUCCAAGUUUGAUAUGCUGGUAAGGAACUGUGUGGCCCACGAUGGCAAGAGGGCGCCCAUCCAACUGGUGGACCAAAGGGGCUGCGUCACCCGGCCCAAGUUGAUGUCGCGCUUCACGAAGAUCAAGAACUUUGGUGCCUCCGCAUCGGUGCUAUCCUAUGCCCACUUCCAGGCCUUCAAGUUCCCCGACUCGAUGGAGGUGCACUUCCAGUGCACCAUUCAAAUCUGUCGCUACCACUGCCCGGAGCAGUGUUCGGCGGAGACGAAUCUCCAGGAUGUGCACCACCUGCAGGUGGGUCCGGAAUCGCAGUAUGGUCCACCGCCGCAGCUGCAUGUGGAUGCCUAUCAUGUGGCCAGUGCGAUUGGCAAGCGGCGGGACGAGCGAAGGGUGCAGAGAAGGGCUCGUGCGGUGGCCGAACCGCAGGUGGGUCUGAACAGGAUCAUCAAGGUGGUCUCCUCGGGCGAUCUGACCUUCGCCAUUGAUGAACAGGCGGGCGGAAAUGGUAAUGGCAGCUCCUUGAAUGGAUCAUCCAAUGGGGGAUCGGGCGUGGAUCGCAGUCCACAGACCAUGGUAUUCCCGCUGCGAGAGGAGGGUCUCAUCUGUAUGACCACGCCGGGCUUUGCCAUCACACUGAUUGUCCUCCUGGGCAUCCUCAUCACGUCCUGCCUCACCUCCGCCGUGCUCUACGUCCGACUGCGUCCGUUCUCGUCGUUCGCCGCCAGCGCCAAGGAGCGGGCCGUCGCCUUCACGAAUCCCCAGCUGGCACCGCUGCCCGUCAUCCAGCUGCCCUCGCCGGCGGAUCUGCAGGGAACGCUCUCCAAGAAGCGGGCGAUGUCGUGAGCACGCCCCCGACUGUGCGACUGGAACUAGUUCCGUGGGCGGGGGACGGAGGAUGGUUUCCAUGGGAUCGGGUCUUGGCGGUUUUUAGUUAAAAUAUAGCGAAGAUAACACCAUCAGUUAAAUAUU